AUGUCGUUAACCGAUUCUACCAGGAUCGAUCAACCAACAACCUUCUAUUCAGCCUUAGAACGUGACGAGUCGGAAUACGACCCUGAUGGCAAACGAACGGUGUUGGAAAAUCCGGAAUUGGAACGUGUAACCUCUUAUUCAAUACCCGAGAUGCAGACUGUCCUCGACGACGAUGCGUAUCUUAAGCCGGUGCUUGAUGAGGAUCCGUUGUUGUAUGGAUUUGAGAAUGAUGAAAUCGAAGAAGACUUUGAUGAAAGAGUUCGUUUGAAAAAUCUUGAAGAGUCAUUGAAGAUCACGAGUAUCUCCACGCCGAUGGAGCAGGAUCUUCUUGAGCGACUGAUGAUGGUCGAAGAAAAACUUCUAAACACCCAAGUGCAACUCAAGAGAGUGGAGUCGCAAUUUGAUGAAUACCGCCAGAUGGUCAAAGAAUCGUUUUAUGAUGUUUAUUCGGAUACCAAGAGAUUGGGAAAUGAAUUUUCAGAUAUUCACGAGGAAAUGCUGAAAGAUCGCAUUCGAACCGGAAGCUACCGUGAUUUCAUUUAUGAACACAAGGAUCUCUUCAAGGGAAAGACCGUACUGGACGUUGGAUGUGGAACCUGCAUAUUGUCAAUGUUCGCUGCCAAAGCCGGUGCGUCCAGGGUUUUCUCGGUGGACAAAUCGGACAUUAUCCACCGGGCAAAAGAGAUUGUCAAAGAGAAUGAGCUGGAGGACGUUAUCACCCUCAUAAAUAGCAAGGUUGAAGAAGUCGAUCUUCCGGUGCAAAAGGUCGACAUCAUUAUAUCCGAGUGGAUGGGAUAUUUUCUAUUCUUUGAGGCAAUGUUAGACUCCUUGAUAGUUGCACGCGAUCGGUGGCUUGCACCAGAUGGAAUUCUUGCACCCAGUCAAUGUCGUCUGCUGUUGGCCGCAAUUGAGGACGAGGAUUUGUUUAACGACACGUUCAAUUUUUGGAAUGACGUUUAUGGAUUUAGAAUGACUGCCAUGAAGGCUCCUAUUAAGAAAAGUGCCGUGGUUGAUUGUGUGAAGCCGCAAGCAGUCAUUUCUAAUGUGGUUCCCAUAAAGGAAGUGCCGUUACGUGUUAUCAACAAAAGUCAAGUGGACUUUACUUCUCCCUUCACGUUGGAGAUUACACGGGACGGUUAUUUGCACGGGUUCGUGGGGUAUUUUGAUACCUGGUUCACACGAGACGGCCCUUACGGGGAAGUGACACACUGGCGGCAGACGAUAUUUUUCCUCGAGCACAUUAUUUCGGUGAAUCAAGGUAAACUUUUGGGACAAUCAUCACCGGGUCGUUUGAUUGUCGUAAGAGCUCGGAAAAUCCUCGAGAUCUUGACUUUGAAAUUCGGUAUAGAAUCGCAAGAGCCGGAGAUGAUAUCAACAAGGCAGAUGAACUCGUGCAAAAAUUUUAUUUACGUUAGACUCAUUAGGCUGCAGAAGUAA